AUGUCGCGCGGACGAGCCGACAGGAAACGGUUUUGUGAGAGACGCAGCGAGUCAAAGAAGACUGCCGUUUCAGUCGAUAUGGCGAUGUGCUCUGCUUGUGGAUAUGGCUGUCGCUUUGUGCUUGUGGUUGUGAGGCAGUACGAUAUUGUCCACCAUGUCCACGCGGAUAGCUCGAAUGCAGCUCUGUGUCUCGGGGCCAGCGAAGCUAGGCAAGGGAGGCGACCAAGGAGGGGAGGGCAAGCCGAGCUCCAGAGAAUCCAGAAACAGGAUAAAUAUAGCUCGGGAGGUGUGGGCGGGGGGAGGCGUGUAAUCGUCACGAUAAACGAGUAUGAUGCGGAUGGGGGGCGAUGCGAGAACGGUCUAUGGCGAAAAGGCAGCAAGAAAUGA